AUGAGGGUCUUCAUCUUCACCUGCCUUUUGGCUGUUGCUCUGGCCACGCAUGUAACCACUAGCGUUUCAUCCAGUGAGGAAUCCAUUGAAGUACCAACUGAAAAAAAUGAGCAAAUUGAGGAAGAAAAUGUCUAUGUGGAACAGCGCAAAAUCGUCAAGGAGUUCUAUCAGAAGUUUUACUUUCCACAAUAUCCUCAAGUGUACCAGCAACAGAUGUUAAUGAACCCACGGACCCAGCUGAAGAUAACUGCUUAUCCUGUGCCCGUUUAUCGAAUCAUCAGGAAGAUUGCUGAUACAAUCAAAUUCAAGCAGUUUCACCAGUUGGUCAUCCCCCAGUAUUUCCAGGCUCUGCAGCAACAGCGGAUGGCUACGAACCCUUGGUUUCGCAUAAACCCCUACCAUCCUCUUCCUGUUUUGGAAAACCGGAAAAAAAUUAUAAGCCAAUAUCAGAAGCAAAAUCUAAGGCUAAAGAAGCUGAAAAGAAUAGAAUAA